AUGGAUCUGGGAAGGGAAACAGCUAUUCCGGCUGACCGCGCCAGUUUGAAUGAAAGCUCCGCAAGAUGGCGGCGGCCGGAGCCGAGGCCGAGAGAGGGUGUGGAAUAUUAUCUUGUAAAAUGGAAAGGAUGGCCGGAGUCUACAAAUACUUGGGAGCCCUUGAGAAACCUCGAGUGUCCACAGCUGCUGCAGCAGUUCUCCAGUGACAAGAGUAGUUACUUAUCUCGGGUAAAGAAAGGCAAGGCAGUCACUCCAAAAAACAGUAGCAAGCCCUUGCCACCUGCUGUCGCUGAGUACAUUGUAAAUAAAGCCAAGCAAAGAAUAGCUCUGCGGAGAUGGCAAGAUUACCUCAACAGAAGAAAGAACCACAAAGCCAUGAUAUUUGUUGAAAAUACCGUUGACUUGGAGGGCCCGCCUUCAGACUUCUACUAUAUUAAUGAAUACAGGCUAGCUCCAGGAAUCAUUUUAAACAAUGAAGCUACCUUUGGAUGUUCAUGUACAAACUGCUUCUUUGAAAAGUGUUUUCCUGUUGAAGCUGGAGUUGUUUUGGCUUAUAAUAAAAAGCAACAAAUUAAAAUCAAACCUGGGACUCCCAUCUACGAAUGCAACUCAAGGUGCCUAUGUGGACCUGAUUGUCCCAAUAGGAUUGUACAAAAAGGCACACAAUAUUCACUGUGCAUCUUUAGAACUAGCAAUGGUUGUGGCUGGGGUGUAAAAACCCUUGUGAAGAUUAAAAAAAUGAGUUUUGUCAUGGAAUAUGUUGGAGAGGUAAUCACAAGUGAAGAGGCUGAAAAGCGUGGACGGUUAUAUGACAACCAAGGAAUUACAUACCUUUUUGAUCUGGACUAUGAAUCUGAUGAAUUCACAGUGGAUGCAGCUCGAUAUGGAAAUGUGUCUCAUUUUGUGAAUCACAGUUGUGACCCCAAUCUUCAGGUGUUUAGCGUUUUCAUCGAUAAUCUUGAUACUUGGCUUCCUAGGAUAGCACUGUUUUCCACGAGAACCAUAAAAGCUGGAGAAGAGCUGACUGGAGAAUUAUCUUCAGAUUCUGUUGACCACAGCCCUGCCAAGAAAAGGGUCAGAACUGAAUGUAAAUGUGGGGCUGAGACUUGCAGUGGUUACCUCAACUGAAACUUCAGGAAAUGGAGAUCAUGAAUGUGUUUUGUUUUGUUCUAAGAACUGAAAAAGUAUUUGGGAUGCCUUUCUAUUAUCAAGAUUUUAUGUAUAUUAAUGUACAACUUGUGUCUCAAGGUAUUUACAAAGUACAUUACUGUUGCUUCUAAAAAGGACUGCAGGAGCACAUAAACAGAAUAUAUUUGGUGGUUACAUACUAAAUAUGGAAAGUGAACUAUUCACAAAUCACCAUAUACUUAGUUAAGAAAUCUGAAUAGACAAGUGUCCCCUUUAGUGUUUGAAAAGCAGUGAGAGAGUGGAUGUUAUGAAACCUUUUACCAUGACUCAGAUAAUUCAGUUUAGGCAAAUGCACAAAUUUUAUUUUGUUUUACUAUAUUGUUCCUGCUUAAUACUCACUGAUCUUGUAUUUGAGACAAAGAAGCAACACUGAAUUUUUUUACUAUAUUUUCUACUUUUACAUUAAAAUAUUGGCAUCUUAAUGAUAUAUUUCAGGUAUAAAAGUAAAUAUGAAAGAUUUUCUUUCAGCUUGAUCUCAUUUUGAAGCAAUAGAUACCAUUACAAAGAUUGUAUGUCUGAACCUGAAAUUCUUAAAAGAUUUUUUAAUCCUGUUCAAGAAAAAUCUCUAAUCACCUUCUCUAGACGUCCAUAGUGACUGGCCAUUAUGCUUCUUCGAAAGGACAUAAUAGUGUGACUAAGAGGACCUGUCAGAGUGCCAGGCAGGGUACAUGAGUACAAAGUGAGCCACAGCAUGAACGAGGUCCACAGAGUACCUCAUCAAAACCGAAGAGCAAGAUCCCAGGGAGCACCUGUCCCCAGUGGCAGUGUGAUUCACAUCAUGUUAAUGUCACUGCCCGGCAGUUUUCACAUUUCCUUUCUACUAAAUUAAAUUAUUUUCGCAAUUUCUGCAUGUCCUUGAAAAGUAACCUAUAUUUGAACAGAUACUUGUUUUAUACAAGAUUUUUUAGAUAAGAUAAAACUAAGUUUGGCCAAAGUUACGUCUGAUUGAACUUUUAUUAACCUAUGGGGAUUA